GAUCAGUUAUUAGUUAAGGAAUGUUAAAACAAAAUCGACAAUAACUUAUGAAUAAUUCCAAAAUGAAAUGAAAUUAACUUCCACCGUUUACAAAAGCGAAGACGAGAUGAUUAUUGUCAGUCGCCAAAUAUACUAAAAAAAUUCCCCAAUAGAAGACGUAUUUCAGUUAUUAAAUGUUAAAUUACGUAAUUGUCUUUUAGCAUUCAUUUUACAUAUUUGUUAACGCAAAAUUUAAUAUUUUAACGCUUAUAAAAAGCUACAGUAAAUAGAUAUUAUUUAAAAAGAAAUCUAACAAAAAUCGCCAAAGAUUGCAAUUCUACCGAAUCUGGAAACCCAACCAAACUUUCAGUUUCGGUUACGGGUUACCAUUUGAGAGAAGGUAAUUCCCCUGCAACGCCUUUACAAACAUUGUAGCUUCGCUAUCUAUUUAUGACUCUUAUUUUGGAGCAUUUGUGUUUUAGUAGAUCAGAAGAAUCAUGGAUUUUUUUGAAAUCAAGUCGGGCGUUGAUAUUCUUCAAAGCUUCGAAAGUGAUUUAUUAGAAUUUUAUCAUCAAGUCCUAAGCAAAGAAUUCGAUUUGUCAAAUAAAUGUAAUGUUCUUACAUUUAAACGUGCUUUGGGACAAAUUUUGCAUAGUGUUCACAACCAUAGCGCUCUGGUGUAUAAUACUCCUGCUAAAAAAGCAGCGUACCUAUUCUGGCGUUCACCUAUGAUUUCUAGUAUAGCUGGCCGUCAUCUAUUGCAAUUAUUCAAACAUAAUCCUCGCAAAAUUGACCAAGCGUUUCUUCGAGGGGAACUGAAAGUUUGUUGUCUUGGUGGAGGUCCAGGUACAGAUGUUGUAGCUGUCAGCAAAAUCGUAACGGUUCUGCAUCAUUUUUUCUGGUUUCAUAACCGACAGCAGUUGAAACUGAAAUUCACAAUCAUUGAUAGUGAGGAGAACUGGAAAAUUACAGCCAAAAAUGUGGUGGAAGUGCUGGAGCAAAAUCCUGAAUUUUUCGAUGCUGAAAAGAUGAGCUUGAGUUUCCAGUUCUUGAAAGCUGACCUUACUCAACCGUUAAAAGACGAUUCAUUGUUUGAAAUUUGCCAAGCUGAUAUUCUGACGAUGUUUUAUUUUAGCUCAUCUCUUGGGGAAAACAUAACCAAACCUGCACAGCAUCAACUGAUUCAGAAACUCUUUGACAACAUGAAAACUGGUGCACUACUGUUUUAUAUUGAUGUGGCAUUGUGUCGCCAUUACAGAGCUAUGAGUGUCAGUGCCAACAUGUUUCAAAAUUUAAGCGAAGUUUAUGGUCCUUUUGAGCACAAACUGCAUUUGCUGCCUCUGGAUGCCAUCAAGAAACACAUCCAUCUUUACUCCAAGGACUUGGGUUACAAAAUGUGCCUCUAUUCUUCCAUCAGCACUGUGAGUGCCUGGUACAAAGAAUCUUCGCCUCCUCCAAAUUUGACAUCGGUGAUGGAAAAAAUAGAUCUUGUUCGAAAAAUGCGAAUCGGAAAAUGUCAAGAUAAAAACCGGAGCGGGAUGAACGUAAGUCAGAAAAAAAUCGAAAAACGAGAAAAGCAAGCAAUGCAAAUGAGACUUAGUUUAGAAAGAAGACUUGCAAAGCAGGCAAAAAUCCGUGAAAGGGAAAGAAAUAUAAGCUUAAACUCUUCCAAGUUAAAAGCUUUUAAUUCUCAAGUUCAGAGACUGAUUUCGGAUAGAGUGGACAGCGAUGACAGCGAAGCUGAAGAACAGAAACAUUUCGAAGGAUCACGAGUUGAUGGCGAGGAUGCAGCAUUUUUUCUAACGAAGCCGAAAGCCAAGAGAAUAUUUUGAAAACCAGAAUUUCAAGAAAAGUUCCCCAAUCUAAAGAGAAAAAAAUCUAAGAAAUCCAUGCGCGAAGAACUCUAGAUGAAGUAUUUUGCAAAAAUACAAAGUAAAAGAUUGUAUCAUCAUGUUCUUUUUCACGUACGAAAGAACUCUAGAUGAAGCAUUUUUGCAAAGUAC